UGAGGAGACAGCAAGGCUGUGAGAAGAGAGCAACAAUCGGCAAUGCUGAGCGUCACAAUUGCUGGCGUGAGGAAUGUUCCUAAUGUGGGGCAGGCGAUCUCCGAAGCGGGGAAGGUGGAGCCCCGACCGAUGGAGAGAAAGCCGACCUCUCCUGGGCGUUGCGUAUGUGGGGUGGUGCAUGGAGGAAGUCAGCUGACAUCCAGGUUAUGCUGACCGGGGAACUGGCCUGCUCAAGCACAAGCGACCGGUGUUCUAUCUCACUUCUGGGUGGCAGCAGCUUGCAGCACUUCAUCUCAUCAGUGUUCUCGUCCGCGGCCCGUUCGGCGUCUUGCCUAGCCUCAGUGGGUCAGUCCGUCAGCCCUGCGUCAGCCACGCGCGCAACGGACCUCGGGUACAGCGAUGCCGCCCGGCGCCUCGGGGAACUCGUGGUGACUGCUGACUGGAGGCUCUCCCGCGAACGAGUGUCAGCAGAUUGCGACUUGGAUUUGAUGCUACGCCCGCUGUCCCCGCUGUCCAUCGGGGAACGUUCAAAUGCGCCCGGCACGACUGACGAUUCUGGCUUCCUCCGCAUGAACUCCAAAUUGCUCAACCGAUGGCCUUUGACCUGUGGAUGCACGCAGUGGUCGCAGGAGACCCGAAAGCCGGAGCGCAGACUUGCGGCGUGGGCGUCAUGAAUUGCUAUGUGGUGCCUCUGACACUUCACCUCGUGGAACAUGUGGUACGGUGACGAUGUCGUCAUUGCAAAUCUCCUGAGGUGCCGAGCGCUGCACAAUACGCAACAAAGUUCCACCAUUUUUCCAAGCCUCAAGAGAGGAGCGAGCAGUCCUUGUGUGAAAGGAUGCGGAGACACAGUGCGCUGGAAAAUAAUGCAAAUUCUGCAAUGGAACGUUGCUAGACUCUGGACGUAGAGCCGCAGGAGCGAGAGUGUCGCUGACGAGGUGACAUGCGUCGAAGAGUGUGAUGGUAUUCGUAAGAGCCAAGUCAGUAUGACGGUCGCCAGAA